AUGUCUGUUCAAUUCCGCCUUCCAGAGACGUUGAACAACUGGCCUUGGCCGAGGGAUAUUAACCCUUACUAUGAAGAGGUCAAGGCAGAAUCAGCAGUUUGGUUCAGGUCGUUCCAAGCGUUCUCGCCGGAACGUCAGAGCGCAUUUGACCGUUGUGAUUUCAGCCUCUUAGCAUCCUUGGCUUAUCCGACUGCGAGCAGAGAACACCUCAGGACCGGGUGCGAUAUAAUGAAUUUAUUCUUUGUUUUUGACGAGUACACCGACCAAGAAGAUGCGAAGGAGGUCAAAGUUCUUGCUGAUAUUGUGAUUGAUGCCAUGCACAAUCCUCACAAGCCCCGUCCUGACGGUGAAAAUAUACUGGGAGAGAUUUCUCGCCAGUUUUGGGAGCUUGCAAUUGUCACCGCGAGUCCGACAUCUCAGCGACGCAUCAUUGACAAGUUUACCUGCUUCACUGCAUCUGUAGUAGAGCAGGCUGAAGAUCGUGAACGGAAUUACAAGCGUAGCAUAGCCGACUAUCUUAACAUUCGUCGUAAAACUAUUGGAGCUGAGCCCUCUUACGCAAUUUUGGAGCUGGGUAUGGAUCUCCCCGACGAGAUGUUUUACCACCUUAUCGUCGUCCGGCUUUCUGCGGUCACCACGGAUUUGAUCAUUGUCGGUAACGACUUGUGUUCGUUCAACAAAGAGCAAGCAAUGGGAGAUGAUCUGCACAAUAUCAUCUCCAUAGUUAUGCACGACCUGCAUAUCGACCUGGACGCUGCGAUGCUCUGGGUUGAAGCUUUCCAUCGAGAACUAGUCGACCACUUUUUCGAGUGCUGGGCGGAAGUCAAGGAACUUACCUGGAGUGCUGAGGUGGACACCUAUGCUACUGAGUACUUGCGAGGACUUGCUAAUUGGGUCCGAGCAAAUGAUUGCUGGAAUUUCGAGAGCGGGCGGUAUUUCGGGAGAAAAGGAAAGGAAAUCCAGAUCUACAGAAUGGUGACUUUGUUGCCACGCUAG